GCUCUGAUAUUUUGCCAGCACUAAUCAUAUAGUCUCUCGAUUCCAUAAGAAAAGUAAGUUAAUGCGAAAUUAGUUGUUAAAUCGUGGCACACUCGGCGGAACGGCAGCGAAAACUCAAUCCGGUGGCAAAGUGCAGACUAUGUGAUGCUGGCUGGAGCAGGAAUCGCACUCCAAUAACCGAACAUUCGAUUUUCGAGUUGGAGAGUUGUUAUUGUUGCAACUGCUGCAGCUUCGAAGUCGGCUCACCAAUCGUACGUGGCGCUAUUCGCACGGCAAGCUUUUUCCGGCCGGAGGAUCCUAAAAAGAUCGGGCGAUGACGGACGCUGCGGGCAAUGCGCUGGCCGAGAAGGGGCUGCCGGAGAUGAAGGGCUGGCUGCUAAAAUGGACCAACUACAUCAAGGGUUACCAGCGGCGCUGGUUCGUGCUGUCCAAGGGCGUGCUGAGCUAUUACCGCAACCAGUCGGAGAUCAACCACACCUGCCGGGGCACCAUCUCGCUGCACGGAGCUCUGAUUCACACCGUGGACUCGUGCACGUUUGUCAUCUCGAACGGUGGCACCCAGACUUUCCACAUCAAGGCCGGAACGGAAGUGGAGCGUCAGUCAUGGGUGACCGCUUUGGAGCUGGCCAAGGCCAAGGCCAUUCGGGCAAUGGAAAGCGAGGAGGAGGAGGAGGAGGUGACGGCCCAGGUGGUACCCAGUCAGGAAAUAAGUUCGGUUGUGCGCGACCUGACCGAGCGGCUAGAGAACAUGCGAACCUGCUACGAUCUGAUCACCAAGCACGGCGCCGCCCUGCAGCGUGCGCUCAAUGACCUGGAGACGAACGAGGAGGAGUCGCUGGCCAGCCGCACUAAGAUCGUCAACGAGCGGGCCACUCUCUUCCGGAUCACCUCGAACGCAAUGAUCAACGCUAGCAACGAUUACCUGCACUCUGCGGAAGCGCAGGGCCACAAGUGGUCCAAGAUGUUGCAUCACGAACGCGAGCAGCGCCAGCGGCUGGAGGAAAUAGUCGAGCAAAUGGCCAAGCAGCAGUCCCAAAUGGAGCAGGCCGCUGUUAUGGUACGGCAGAACAAGCAAGUGCAGUCCAAUGCCGCCAGCGGCGCAGCUUGCUCUCUGGUGACAUCUGACGAGGAAAUGGAAUUCUUUGACGCCGAGGAGCACGAUUAUACCGGACCUGCUCGUUCCGCGGAGUCGCCUGAUAGGGAACAGGGCACCUUCAUCCUGAAAAUGAACAAGCGACGCAGCAGCAGCGAAGACCAGGUAGAGGGCCACCUGGAGGGCAGCUCCUCGGAGAGCGACGAGCAGAAGCGCACUGUCAAGAUGGUGCAGCAGGUGCAUUUGGUGAGUGCUCCGCGUGUGGCUUCCGGCGGGCAGGGCGACGAUGACGACGUAGACAAGGCAGUGCCUGCCCAGUCUAGCAAAGACUCCAUCUAUGGUCGCAAUUGGAAUCCCGAUCUGAUGAGGAAGCGGCGCUCCAGGGUGCCAGACAAGCCACACUACCCCCUUAACCUUUGGGGAAUUAUGAAGAACUGCAUUGGCAAGGACCUGUCCAAGAUUCCCAUGCCCGUAAACUUCAACGAGCCUCUGUCUAUGCUGCAACGCCUGGUGGAAGACUAUGAGUACUCGGAGAUCCUCGACUACGCAUCCACCUGCCAGGACGAGUGCGAGCAGUUAGCCUACUUGGCCGCCUUCACCGUCUCCGCUUAUGCAACGACCACGAAUCGCACAGGCAAACCCUUCAAUCCGCUGCUGGGCGAGACCUUCGAGUGCGACAGGAUGGAGGACUACGGUUGGCGCUGUUUGGCGGAACAGGUCUCCCAUCAUCCCCCAGUUGCCGCUCUUCACUGUGAGAGCCAGAAAUGGCAGUGCUGGCAGGAGUUCUCCAUGACCAGCAAGUUCCGCGGCAAAUACGUCCAAGUCAAUCCACUGGGUGGUGUCUACGCGCUGUUCCCCGACAGCGGUCGCCGCUACUCCUGGAACAAGGUGACCACCACGGUAAACAACAUUAUUGUGGGCAAGCUUUGGGUGGAUCAGCAUGGAGAGAUGGAGAUCAAGGGAUCCCAGGCGGCAGAGGGCCACAAGUGCGUCCUGAACUUCGUACCCUACUCCUACUUCAGUCGCGAUGUACAGCGCCUGGUGAAGGGCGUGGUGAUGAAUCCGAACAACGAGGUCAAGUGGGUGGUGCGUGGCACCUGGGACGCGAAGAUUGAGAUCGCACCUGUGCUCAAGACGACGGGAACGUCGAGCAAUCCCACGUACACCACGGGCGAUUUUAAGCUGGCCUGGCGCCGCCGGCCCGCUCCUCCGGAGUCGGAAAAGUUCUAUAACUUUACUACGCUAGCCUGCCAGCUGAACGAGGAGGAGGAGGGCGUGGCGCCGACCGACUCACGCCUCCGUCCUGACCAGCGACUUAUGGAGCAAGGUGCCUGGGACGAGUCUAACAAGGAGAAGCUGCGCCUGGAGGAAAAGCAGCGUACGGUACGCCGCCAGCGAGAGGCCGAAGCGGAGGAGGCGGCGGCGGAAGGCAGGCCCUAUCCGGCCUAUGAGCCUAUGUGGUUCAAGCGAGAGAAAGAGGAGGGCAGCGAAGACUUUGUGUAUCUGUUCAAGAAUACCUACUGGGAGGCCAAGGCGGAACAGAACUUCGAGGGCUGUCCGGAGAUCUACUAGACAAGGAGCAGUAGGAGUAGCCAACCAGCACACAAAGGAGCCUUAGCGAAUAUUCUAAAGAUUUCAAAUAUGCAGCCUCCACCCACACCCACGCUCCGGCGGAUUGCGGAGCAGCACAUACGCGUAUAAAGUAGUAUCACACUUCGUCUAGUGCAUAUACAUAUAUAUAUUUAUAUAUAUAAAUUCCCUUAAACUAACUACGAUCGAUCCGCGCCCAUGCAUCGAAAUUUAUCAUUUGUUUCCAGACCCUACCGCCAUUCCUAAAACGGAACUCCCCCCUAAUCACUACCAGGUCUCUUCCUUUUCGCAGAAUAAAUCAUGUUUCGCCUUUGUUGUGUA